AUGGCUAGAAUGGACGUCUUCAAGGGAGGACAUGAAAACAACCAGUAUUCAUCAGCUGUAUGGGCGCAAUUGCUAGAUGGACAACUGAACAUCCCACUAUUUACCGAUUUUGCGUCCGUUUCUUUGAACGAUAUUGCUGUGAUCGGCAAGCAAAUCUCCAGUCGAUAUUACGGCUACGGGCCGAGUUAUUCCUACUGGAACGGCUGUUCCACUGGAGGACGACAAGGCCUCAUGAUGACGCAGAAGUAUUCUCAAGUAUACAACGGCAUCUACACAGGGUCUCCGGCGAUCAACUGGCCUGUCUCCUGUGUCUUCGACGCCAUUAGUGACGCUGCGGUAGAGGCCUGGGGAUCACUGAAUGAUAGGGUUAUUGCGAAACCAGGACAGUGUUUGUUUGACCCUGCUAUCAUGGUCGGGCAGAGAGUAAAUUGCAACGGAACCUUGGUCAACAUUACCAGCGACGAUGCCACAAUUGUUCAGAAAACAUGGGAAGGUCCUCGGACUGCAGACGGCACUCCCCUCUGGGUGUUGGAGGACGCGGGUGUUGAUUUGAAGGCACUCACUCUUGAUGAAUUCGUGGGAAUCUUCUACCAGGUCCUGGUGAAGUACAAGAGUCUUAUUGGCACAAACAACAUCGAUCUUCACCCGUCCCACUACGCUGGCGGGAAGAUGAUCACCUGGCAUGGGCUUGCGGACCAGCUCAUCUUUCCAGGGGGCACUAUUGAUUACUAUCGCAAGGUCCUGGGGUUUGAUGACACUGUUCAUGGCUACUAUCGAUUCUUCUCUGCACCUGGGGUAAGCACUGUGGCAAUGGCGCGGGGGCGGUUCCGAGUGAUCCCCUCGCAGCUGUCGCUGUCGUAG